AUUGCUGAGCUGGAGGAGCAUAUAAAGAGUGUAAAGCUUGUCAAAUGCUCUCAUCGCUGCGCGCACAGUGAGACGUCGCUGUCUGUUUUCUCUCAAUCCCAAGCACCAAGCUUUCACCCGGUCGGGCGGCAGCACUGAGGUCACCAUGGCCGGGGAAGGCUCCGACCAGCGGGCGCUGCAGUAUGAACAAACUCUGAUGUAUGGGCGCUACACCCAGGAGCUGGGGGUGUACGCUAAAGAAGAAGCAGCUCGACUGAGGGAGAGUGGGCAGAGGCGUUCGGUCAGUGAGCGAAGCCGAAACUUGGACCUGCUGGAAUAUGACAAAGGACGCUGUGCCAAAUGUCGCAUUUGCACGGUUCGCUGCCAGAAGUUCCUGAUCUCGAGGGUCGGGGAGGACUGGAUCUUCCUUAUCCUGCUGGGUCUCCUCAUGGCAUUGGUCAGCUGGGUAGUGGAUUUCUGCAUUGCCAUCUGCCUACAAGCACAGAAGUGGAUGUAUGGCGGCCUGGACAGUAACGUUUUCCUGCAGUACCUGGCUUGGGUCACAUACCCUGUAGUCCUCAUCACCUUCUCUGCUGGCUUCACUCAGAUUCUCGCGCCGCAGGCUGUUGGUUCAGGUAUUCCAGAGAUGAAGACCAUCUUGCGAGGAGUGGUGCUGAAGGAGUACCUCACCUUCAAAACGUUUGUGGCUAAAGUCAUCGGCCUGACUUGUGCCCUGGGCAGUGGAAUGCCGCUGGGCAAGGAGGGUCCAUUUGUCCACAUCGCCAGUUUGUGUGCAGCUCUCCUCAGCAAGUUUAUGUCUUUAUUUGGAGGAAUUUAUGAGAAUGAGUCAAGGAACAUUGAGAUGCUGGCAGCAGCCUGUGCUGUUGGAGUAGGUUGCUGCUUUGCAGCCCCAAUAGGAGGUGUGUUGUUCAGUAUUGAAGUAACAUCCACAUUCUUUGCGGUGAGGAACUAUUGGAGAGGUUUCUUUGCAGCUACCUUCAGUGCUUUUAUCUUCAGAGUGCUUGCUGUUUGGAACAGAGAUGAAGAGACCAUCACAGCCCUUUUUAAAACUCGGUUUCGGCUAGAUUUUCCAUUUGACCUCCAGGAGCUUCCUGCUUUUGCUGUCAUUGGCAUUGCCAGUGGUUUUGGUGGAGCUUUGUUUGUGUACCUGAACCGUCUUAUUGUCCAGUUCAUGAGAAAUCAAAAGGCCAUCAACAGAUUCCUCAUGAAAAAACGUCUUCUGUAUCCAGCACUGGUAACUCUACUAGUUUCCACGCUAACAUUUCCGCCUGGCUUUGGACAGUUCAUGGCUGGCAAGCUCACCCAGAAGGAAUCACUGGUGACAUUGUUUGACAACCGCACUUGGGCCAAACAGGGCAUUGCUGAAGAGUUUGACUACAUCGGACAUUCUCAGGCCUGGCAACACCCGCAGGUCAACGUCUUUGUCACACUAGUUAUCUUCAUUGUCAUGAAGUUCUGGAUGUCUGCCCUGGUCACAACUAUUCCAGUACCAUGUGGGGCCUUCAUGCCAGUAUUUGUUAUAGGGGCAGCAUUUGGUCGUCUGGUGGGAGAAAGCAUGGCAGCCUGGUUCCCAGAUGGCAUUAACACAGAUGACACCAUCUACCCCAUUGGACCAGGAGGCUACGCUGUUGUUGGUGCAGCAGCAUUGUCAGGAGCGGUCACCCAUACAGUUUCCACUGCAGUGAUUGUGUUCGAGCUGACUGGGCAGAUCUCUCACAUCCUGCCUGUAAUGAUAGCAGUGAUUCUUGCCAACGCAGUGGCACAAUCCCUACAGCCCUCCCUCUACGACUCAAUCAUCCGGAUCAAGAAGCUACCCUAUCUCCCAGAGCUGGGAUGGGGACACCAUGAGAAGUACAAUAUUCGUGUGGAGGACAUCAUGGUGAGGGACGUGCGCUAUAUUACACUCAACUGCUGCUACAGAGACCUGCAUAAUGUCCUGCUGACGGGUCACCUCAAAACUCUGGCACUGGUGGAAUCAGCUGCGUCCAUGAUUCUCCUGGGCUCCAUUGAGCGUGCUCAGCUCCAGUCGCUGCUCUGCAUGCAGCUAGGACGCCCUCGCCGCCUCGAGUUCAUCAGAGAGCGGGCAACAGCAGAGAAGAAGCGCUUGUCUGUUGUCUCCAACUCUGACUGCGAGGAUAACCACCAGAGAACAAGUCAGGAGGUCCGCUUCCAGAUCUCAACUGAAAAAUCAUCAUUCAGUCCCACUCAUCCAGUUUCUCAGAAGCCCCUGAAACCUGCUCUGAAGAGACCCUCUGUAGUGGAGCGGCCCACUGAUAUCCCCAUCGGCUCGCAGGAUCAUUCAAGCAACUCUAGUCUAAAGAACUUGUUUUGUGUCGGUCCAGAUGUAGAAGUCAUGGAGAAAAACAACAAUGUCGAGAGCCCCAUGUCUCCUGAAAACAGGAGGCCGUCAAAACGAGUCCGGAUAUCUGUUGUGGACGAUGGCGAUGUGGAAGAUGAUAUGACGAUCAGAGAGAUUGCAGAGUGGGAAGAGAUGCAGCUUGAUGAGCAGGUCAACUUUAACAAUUGCAAGAUCGACCCCGCCCCAUUCCAACUCGUGGAGCGCACGUCAUUGCAUAAGACCCACACCAUCUUUUCCCUGCUGGGCCUCGACCACGCCUAUGUCACGAGUAUUGGGCGUCUCAUUGGGGUCGUUUCCCUGAAAGAGCUUCGCAAAGCAAUCGAGGGCUCUGUGACGGUGAAAGGCGUGAAGGUGCGUCCACCUCUGGCUAGCUUCCGGGACAGCGGCACCAGCAGCAGCGAGAAUGAGGCCACGGAGCUCCACAAGCUGUGGGAUCGCCAAAAGAGCACGUCGCUGCCCGCCGAACACACCCCAACGGAGUCCGACGAAAAGCCCCAGUGAUGCCUGAAAUAGGUGGAGGAAGCGUCAAAGGGGGACUUGCUGAGGGCCGUAAUUCCCAAAUUCCUUUGGGCUUCGGAUCAAUACUUAAUAGUGGAAAGAGUUCUGCUGCUCCGCCUAUCUUUUCUUCUUUCAUCCUCCUGCACUGUUGCCAUAAUUUCUCCAGGAAACUUGCAAGCUCCAUUCCAGACACUCCACAGGGGAGCAGAAUACAUCACAACUUGUGCCCUGCUCAGUACCAGCCACUCGUGGUCAAGUCUUUUAAAAAAAAAAAAAAAAAAAAAAAAAAAAAAAAAAGGGAUGUUCUCAUGCAAACGUUGUUUGGUUCAUGUAUCUCGUAUUGUCCUGAUAAUAGUGACCCUGACUUCCAUUUGGUCUUUCACUAUGGGUACUGUAAGUAUGAAAGCUUGGCUGAUACUGUAUGCAUGUUUGCUUAGGGAGGCAGAGAUACUGUAUUUUUUUUUCCUAUUGUCUCGCACUACUUUAUCUUAAUGGCAGUAGUUUUCACACUGGAAAGGUGAAUCGUUGGCGUUCUCACCACUACAAGAUUAUGACUGACGCAGGCAGUCAUGCCCAAGUUGAAUAAUGUACACGCCUUUCCUGUGAGUCGCCACGGACAUAUGGUACACACAAACAUGACUGCAGUAAUGCUCUAAAGGAUUUCUGCUCAUCGAAAUUAUAGCUCUUACCGAUCAGCGAAGGUUGAGAGGACGGUAAUGGAAGGAAGUGAGCAAGGGAGGGAGAGAACGAGUAACAGGAAACAAAUGGACGGCAGUAAGAUUGAACCUAUUGUUACCCAACCAGCUGCUCUCGGCCUCCUUAUCAAUCAGUCUUUGAUCACGAUAUUAGCUAAUGUCCGUUACUAUUCGAGACCCCCCCCCCCUUCCCCAAGCUACAGUAUAUAAUACGUGAACCAACUCACUGAAUGCAAUCAAAGUUGAAACACUCAAUGAAAUCAAGAGAAAGAUUUUGAUUUUGUAAGUUCAUCUUUAAAAAAAAAAAAAAAAAAAAUCACCUUUCAUUGUCACUGAAUUACUGGUCCAGCUAUCAGCACCAAAGUUGACAGGUGAAAUUUGACCAUCGUUGUUUUAAUGGCAGCAUGAUUUCUGACACGAAGGACUAUAAGUAAUGUGCAUUUAAGAAUUAAUGUGAGCUAAAUGGGAAGAAAAUACUGAUUUGUCUUCCCUCUCCUCUAUGGGAAUGACGUCCACUACGACCCACAAAAAUGUUAACUGUGCUUUGGGUGUUAACAAGUCACGCUCAUACCUACAUAGUUGCCAUUACAACUGGUUGUAUUCAUGGUGGCCACUAAAGGCAAAACACCAUCAGCGUGGAUUUGUAUGAGAUAAAAUGUACAUAUUUGAUUGGCGUACUCCAUCCAUCCAAUCAACUUCAUUUCGAGUCAGAUUUUUCUUUUUUUUUUUCUUUUUUUUAAAGGAGGUGGGUGUUUGUGGUUAAUAACAUUUUGAUAUCGCAAUUUUACUGUAAUAUAAAAUCAUAAUUUUUCUUAACCAAUCCUUAAUAUUUGACUAUUCUCUACGUGAUUUGGGGACUUUUAUAUUAAAUUGUAGAUAAUUAUUUUAAUAUUCUGUUGUCUUUUGAUGUACUGUCUGAAACAUUUCAAGUUUUUCUGCACAAAAAUACCUGUGGUUGUCGAACAAAUGGGGCCAUUGUUUAAUAUUCAUCAUGCCAAGAGAAGCUGUUGUCAAAGGGACCAGCAUGGCGUGUGGUUGUGUGUCUCUGUGUGCGCGUGUGUGUGCACGUAUGCGUGUGCGUCUGUGAGUGGGUUUGGAUGUUGGCGCUCUUCACCUCAUAGUAGUUAACUGUGGAUGUGGUCGAGGAGUUAUACACAUGUAGAUGAGGUACUUCACAGGUGGGGAGACUUCUCCAAAGGUUGUGAAAAUAGCCAUAGCAGCCAGUGUCUUACAUGCAGGCUUUCUUUGAGUUUUUUUUUUUGUGCCAUUCAUUGCGUCAAACACUGCAAAAAUGCAAAUCUUUCCGAGUGAAUUGAUCUUAUAUCAAGUGAAAGCAUCUUGCUUUACUUAUUUUAGGACAUACAUUUUCAGUAAGACAAAAAAUACCUGUUGAAAGAUAUAAGAUCUUAAGUCAACUUAUACGAUUUACAUUGGCAGAUUUUUUUCUGACUUAUUUUAGGGACAAAAUGGUUCAUUUUAAAUGAAAAAACCUGCCAAUGAAAAAAUAUAAACUGACCUGAAAAUAUUCUUAAAAUAAGAUCUUGUAUCUUAGAACAAAUGUUUUUGUCCAGUUGAAAUAUUUCAAAAAAGGAAAACCUGUCUUAAAAUAAGUAUGGUGAGAUGUUUUCACUAGAAAUAAGAUAAAUUCACUCAGUAAAAUUUGCAUUUUUGCAGUGCGCUGUGCUUUGUCAGCCUUAUCCUCAUGAACAUUCAACAACUUUUCAUUUAAUCGGUGACCACACAGACGAUGGUAGAUGUGUAUUUAUUAGUCUGGAGUAAUCAUAGUCAGUCUGGAUUGUUUUUGUUAUUGUUUCCGUUUCUUAUGGAUGAUCUACAUGUAGAUAAUCAAAUUGUGCAAUAACUGUUGUUCAUCUCAUGUAACCCUGUUUUGAUCAAUGACAUGAAUGCCAAGAUAACCUUAUUUUUAUAAAGAAAACUUUUGAAGUGUAAAAAAAAAAUAAUUAAUGUAUAUUGGAAGUGAGCAGCACGCGAGCUUGUGACAAAGUUUGACAAUUGGAAGGAGAGGGUUUCCCCCAAACUUUAAUAAUAGUAGUAACAAUAUCACUAAAAUCAACAUAUAUAUGAGAAUUGUUUUUAACUUUCAAGUACAUUGCAUGUACAAAUACACCAUAUGGACAAAAUAUGUUGAUGCCUUCAUCUCUUCGCAGCUCUACCACCCUCCACUCCACUGGGAAUGCUUUGGACAAGUUUUUGGAGUGUAUCUGUGAUAGUUGAUGAAGCGAUCUUUCCCAAGAUUUGUGUCCGUUAUAGUAGUGUAUUAACACGUCUUUGGGGAAACAUUCCCUGUCUGGUUUUAUAUUUUAGGACCUUUGGUGACACAUGCCGCAUGGAAAGUAGUUGACACGCUCACACAAUGAUGCAGUGUUUUAUCAUGGUCCAGUCAAAUUCCCCCUUAAGUCAGCUAAACUUUGAUUUAAAACUACACAGCAGUUUUUUUAGGGCAAUCUUGCAGAGGUAUUUUUCACAAUGAAAAAUACCCCCCCAAAACAAAAAGUGUUUUGUAUUAGAGGGAUGAAUAAAUGACAUUUUAACACGUAA